UGUGCAUCCAGCACAAAAUGAGGCGGUGAUUCAGCUGCACACACGUUGAUGCAAGCCAGCCCAUCCCGAGCCUAUAAAAGCUCACGCUGCCCUCAGCCGUCCGUCAAAGACGAGCGACGAUGGGCAGCAAUCCUGACACGUCCUGAGUGGCACGCAGGGUUCUGUGGUGAAGAUGGAUGCUCUAUUAAACGAGAGUGACGCAUUGAACCGGAGCGCGCCUGGCGAGGAGACGUUCCGUGUCGAUGGCGCGGACGGGAGUCCCUUCGUGAGGAUCUUCAUCUCCGUGGUCUACUCGGUGGUGUGCGCCGUGGGCUUGGUGGGGAACCUGCUCGUCUUCUACCUCAUGCGGCUCGGGCAAGGUCGGAAGAAGUCGGCCAUCAACUUUUUCAUCAUCAACCUGUCCGUGACCGACUUCCUGUUCGUGCUCACCCUGCCCUUCUGGGCGGUGGACACGGCGCUGGACUUCAGCUGGCCCUUCGGAGGCGCAAUGUGCAAAGUGGUGCUGUCCGUCACGGUGAUGAACAUGUACGCCAGCGUCUUCUUCCUCACGGCCAUGAGCGUCACCAGGUACUUGUCGGUCACUUCUGCGCUCAAGGCCUCCGCGCCCAGAUGGUCGAGGUGGGUCAAGUGGGUGUGCGCCGUGCUGUGGUUGGCGGCAACUGCGGCCACGGCUCCCACGGCGGUCUUCUCUGCGAUCACCGUGGUAGCCGGAGAAAAACUCUGCCUUCUGAAAUUCCCGGAGGGACACGACUGGCUGGCCCUGUACCACAUCCAAAAAAUCCUCGUGGCUUUUAUCAUCCCUCUGAUGAUCGUCUCCGUCAACUACCUGAUGCUCCUGCGCUUCAUUCGACGCAAGAGCAUGUGCUCCGGCAACCGGAAGAGGAGGUCCAAAGUUACCAAAUCCGUGGCCAUUGUCGUUUUAUCCUUUUUCUGCUGCUGGAUGCCAAACCACGCCAUCACCUUCUGGGGCGUCUUGGUCAAAUUGAACGCAGUCAACUGGGAUCGUUCCUACUACAUGGUGCACGCGUACGUCUUCCCGGUCACCGUGUGCUUGGCGCACGCCAACAGCUGUUUGAACCCGGUGCUGUACUGUCUCACGAGGCCGGAGAUCAGAAAGAUGCUCAGCACUUUGUUCUGGCGGGCCCCCGCUCAGUGCGCCAAAACCGACAAUGGCUGCAAGACGCACUCAGCCCGGACUCCUGACAACGUCGAGUGCACUUUGUCUGUGGUCGGUCGCAAAGGAUUUUCAAGCGCCAAAAUCGAUCCGUGUCAUUCACAAUCUCAAAGUUGA